UUAUACUUGGUUUUUGGUGACAAGCCUUAAAUAAUGAUGGCGGGGUGCCAUCUGGCUUAUAGAAAUAUAGAAAUGAGUCGGUUUUUAGACUGGCCGAGAUAUUUGUUGGAUAAUAGGGAUCGCCAUUUUGCCUUUUCCUUUCCUUUGAAGUGGAUAUACGGCUAUAAUGUGUGUUUUCUAGUCUGGUACAAUUCAUAUCCUAUAUGGCAGACAGGUAACCAGGUGUUUGUGGAGGAGUCAUGGCAGAAGAUUCUCAUACGGUGGUUGUUGGAGGGGAGUUAGCCAAACCAUUGCAUCUGCAACACUUGGAACGAAAUCUUGAUGUGGAACCAUUCCUUUCAUAUGUGGAACAUAUAUUUAAUACUCCAUUAAGUGAUGAUAACACCACAGAUUCAGAAUCUGAAGCUAACCUCACAGAAGCUGAAGAAGCAAAAGGAUAUAAAAGUAUUAACGGAAUCACAACAGGUAUAGAAGAACGAAAAUCAGAUAAGAUGCGUCUGUACAACUUUGAUAAUGUGAAAAAGAAUCGUCGAUGGUUACGAGAUGUCUUGGUCAGUGAUACGUCAGAUUCCUCAAGUGAUGAGGGGAAUGACAAACAAAUUACGGAACAGGAUUUCCAGGAAAUGUUACGUCUUCAUCUCCUCAGGAAAAAGUAUCAAGCUCGUUACUAUACGAACCCCGAGAACUGCCAGUAUCAGUAUUUUGGAGCUGGACUGCUAUCAAAUUAUGACAAAUUUCCUGAACAUCAGAAACUUAUUGUUGGUAAUAAAAAGAAAAAGAAAGACAAGAAGUUUGAAAAGAAAAUGAAGAAAUUGAAGAAGUUGAAUAUGAAAGAUAACUGUCAAGCUGAAGAAAGUCAGGAGCACGAUACAAUGGAAGAUUUUGAUUUUGAAGAAGGUUUGUUGAAUCUUAAAGAAGAAGAUGACCCUGAUGGCUUUGUCGACAUGACUCCAACUACUACAAAAUCUUCAAAGUCAAAGAAGAAAGACAAACAAGCAAAAAAUCCAGAGAUAAUGGCAAUUAGAAGAAGAAAGAUAUGGGUUAUGAUGUCUAAAAAGGAACUUGGGAAGGUGCAGCGAGCAAAGACUAACAAUCAUAAAGAAAUGCUUACAAGUUGUAAGCGGGUGGCACAGUACUGUAUGAAACAUUGGCGGCAGAAGGCAAUGCAGUCACAGAAAAACAUGAAGGAGACGGUAUGGCGAGCGAAGCGACUGACGAGAGAGAUGCAGGCUUACUGGAAACGUUAUGAUCGGGUCGAACGGGAGACGAGAAGGAGACUGGAAAAGGAGGCUGAGGAACAGCGCAAAUUGGAUGGGGAGUUAAUGGAGGCAAAGCGACAGCAGAGGAAACUGAAUUUCCUUAUCACUCAGACAGAGCUCUAUGCUCAUUUCAUGUCUCGUAAGUUAGGUGGUGCAAAUCAUCAGGAGCAAUUGAGAAUACUCUGUCAGUUGGAGGAGGAGAAGAAUCCUCGGUUGGCGGCCAUAGAUGAUUAUGACAGUGAAACUAUGAAGCAGAAAGCUAAGAAGAACGUGCGUGAUGCAUUCCAAGCAGAACAGAACCGAACACGAGAGUUUGCACACGGGGUAGCACGUGAGCUGACAGAUGACUUCAAGCUCACUGAGACGAGCAUCAGUGCGGAUGAAGAACGACCUCAGCCUUUAAUUUUCAGGGGAAACCUUAAACAUUACCAGCUUAAAGGCAUGAAUUGGCUUGCUAAUCUAUAUGACCAGGGGAUUAACGGAAUCCUGGCAGAUGAGAUGGGCUUGGGAAAAACUGUGCAGUCUAUUGCAUUCCUGUGUCACAUAGCUGAGAAAUAUGAUGCUUGGGGACCGUUCUUGAUAAUCUCUCCAGCAUCCACUCUCCACAACUGGCAACAGGAAAUGGCCCGUUUUGUUCCAGACUUCAAGGUUGUUCCAUACUGGGGCAGUCCUCAGGAGCGCAAGAUCCUGCGCCAGUUUUGGGACCAGAAGGACUUGCACACAAGGGAAGCGAGUUUCCAUGUUGUGAUCACAAGUUACCAACUUGUUAUUACAGACUUCAAGUAUUUUAAUCGUAUAAAGUGGCAGUACUUGGUUUUGGACGAAGCGCAGGCUCUGAAGAGCACCAACAGUGUUCGUUGGAAGCUUCUCUUAGGAUUCAGCUGUCGGAACAGGUUACUGCUGAGUGGGACACCCAUUCAGAACAGUAUGGCGGAACUCUGGGCCUUGCUUCACUUCAUUAUGCCUACUCUGUUCGAUUCACAUGACGAGUUCAAUGAAUGGUUCUCCAAGGACAUUGAAAGUCAUGCAGAAAACAAAACUGGCAUUGAUGAAAAACACUUGUCUAGGCUUCACAUGAUACUAAAGCCAUUUAUGUUACGGAGAAUAAAGAAGGAUGUAGAAAAUGAGCUGUCGGACAAGAUUGAGGUUAUGGUGUAUUGUCCACUUACAACUCGACAGAAACUUCUUUAUUCAGCUCUUAAAAAGAAAAUCCGUAUUGAAGAUCUGCUGUACUCGUACAGCGGUUCAAAUCAGACCUCUCAAAGUGUGACUUCCAGUCUGAUGAAUCUUGUCAUGCAGUUUCGUAAGGUCUGCAAUCAUCCUGAACUGUUCGAACGUCGGGAAGCCAAGUCUCCGCUUUUUGUUUGCUGCCCAGAGUACAUAAUUCCUAAGUUGCUGUUUGAUGAUGGACUUCUGUAUCUAGCAUUGCCUAGUAAACGUCAUCUGUUGUAUAAUCAUCUCAGUAUUUUUGCUGUGGAAUACAUUCACAGAUCUCUGUUUCCGUUGAAGCACAGCCGUGGAGAAUUUGCGGCCUCAGACACCUUUUUUUCCUUCACACGGUUCUGUGAUCUCUCUCCGGCUGAACUAAACCGUGUUGUUCUGGGAGGACUCAUUUAUGUGUUUCUGCACCUGUCUCACUGCCACAAGUCUGGCUUCCUAAUUAAUCACCGCCACAGUUGGUGGAAUACCAAAGGCCACAGUUCUGUCUCAUCUUCUCGCACCCAGCUUUUGCUUUCUCCAGAACAUCAUCUCUCUGCUCCCAGUAUUGCAUACAGUACUACAUUAAAAAAUCUUGUUUUCACAUCCAUGACAUCACAUGGAAGCAAUACUACAUAUACACACAUCUGUCAUGUCUACCACUCGAUGCCCGAGACGGUCGAGCACCGUAUCCUCCGCAGUCGGAAGGCUGCGGCGGCUCUAAGGAGAGGCCCUUCAGAACCAGAGGUAGAUGCUGAGUUGGAGGAUCAGCGGUGUAGUGGGAAGUCUGCUUCAUUGAGUCCUGUGCACCGAAUGGGAAUCAAGACGUCACCAACCUCCCCCAAGGCUUUACGAAGUCCGAACCAUUCUAAGUUAUCAGAUUUGAAAUCGUCUCCAAGAGUAAGCGGUGGUGAUGAUGAGGGCCAUGUUUCUGGGAAGGUCCCAAUCCUCCCAGAGUUCUUCCACAUUCCUCAUCCCUCAAGGAUCCUUGAGUGUCAGCCAACAGAUCUGCCACCGUUCUUAUAUUAUAUCAACCCUAAAGUUCAGACGAGGGCUCGUGAAGUGUACUGCAGUAGCAGGGCCGCAGCAUGGGAUGCUCUAUGUCAUCAACAUUGUACCUCCAGAGAGGGUCUGCAGACUGUCUUGUUUGGUUCACCAGAAGAUGCGGAUCUUUAUGAAGCCAGGUCACAGCAUUUCCAUCCGGUUAAUGCAGGUGGAAUCGAGGCAGCGACUCCUAGAUUUGGCUGGUCAAAUAUCAUUGUACCUGACAAACAGACGCUUGUUACGGACGCGGGGAAGCUUUAUGUUCUAGAUGGGCUGCUGAGAAGAUUGAAGGAGCAGGGUCACCGAGUGCUGAUAUACUCACAGAUGACUCGCAUGAUUGACUUGCUAGAGGAAUAUAUGUGGCACCGAAAACACACUUAUAUGAGACUUGACGGUUCGUCGAAGAUCUCCGAGAGGAGGGACAUGGUGGCCGAUUUCCAAUCACGGGAAGACAUCUUUGUGUUCCUGUUGAGUACUCGGGCUGGCGGACUGGGCAUCAACCUCACUGCGGCUGAUACGGUUAUCUUCUACGACAGCGACUGGAAUCCAACAGUGGAUCAGCAAGCUAUGGACCGCGCUCACCGGUUGGGUCAGACGAAGCAGGUGACAGUGUAUCGACUGAUCUGCAAGGGAAGCAUCGAAGAACGUAUCUUGCAGAGAGCUAGAGAAAAGAGUGAGAUUCAACGCAUGGUGAUCAGCGGUGGUAACUUCAAACCUGACACUCUUAAGCCUAAAGAGGUCGUGUCCCUCCUCCUUGAUGACGAGGAAAUAGAAAAGAAGUAUCGGCAACGACAAUCGGAAAGACGUUCUCAGGAAGAAGUUCGUGCGGACAUUUAUAGAGAGAGAGACAGGGAACGAAAGCGGAAACAGUACUUGGGGAUUGUCAAAGCUGAGCCAAAAAGAAUCCGGGUUGAUGACGGACAUGAAGAUUCCGUCCUCAGUGUCGACUCUACGCCGCCUAGUCCAAGUCAGAGUGAGGUGUCUCAGGGCAGUGGAGCGCCCCUUCAGGAUGAGACGAGCAACGAGGGGCUUGUGGUGGACGUGGACAGUCCGGCCACUCCACAAAGCUUUCCCCUGCCAUUUGCGAGUAAUAUGCUAGUGACUGGCAGACCCCGUCCAACAGGACGGGGGGCGAAGCGAGGCCGCCCCCGAGGAUCCCGGAGAGGAAUCCCCAGCACCCGGGGCAGAGCGAUCACCGUCAAUCUUACAAACAGCGAUCUGGGCCUAGGUGACCCGUGCCAGUCGACUGACCCGGGUGCUAACCCAGGACACCCGCAACCAAUCCCCGUGAAGCGAGGCCCGGGACGACCCCGCCUGCGUCCUUUCGGACCCGGGCACCAAGGGACUCGCGGUUCGCCCCGGCCGAGGAAGGCCCCCAAGCCACUGCCCGUCCCUCUACGGUCAGGAUCGGGUACAGUGCCCACAGCUGCUGGGGCAGAACACCCUCGGCCAUUCGGCUUCUACACUCAGGGAACCAGUCCCACCGAGUAGAAGGUAAGUAGCUGUUUCCUUAGAAUUCUACUCGAAAAUCGUCUGGUGGGGGUAUUAGUGCAUCUGUACUGUACUCGGAAUAAGAUAAUUUCGUGGAUAUUUUGCGACGAACGUUUGGGUUCGGCACACGCUACGGCAAGACUCGCUCUUUGGAUCAUCGUCGCCGUGAUGAUGGCGGCAGUAAAUACCUUCGAAACAUUGGUGGACUUAUUAUCAGACUGCACGGCGCUGCAACCCAGAAGACGGCCAACUUCGGUCUCACCGCCGUAAAAACCUCGGGUCCUAAGAUUGUCUGGUUUUAAAUGUCUGCACGUUGCAAGGAGGUCUAAGAUGGCGGUCUGCUUCGUGCGAAAGACGCGUGUCACGGGACUUUGAAAGUAAAUAAUGGCGCGACUGGGCCCUCUCCAGAAAAUGCCAGAUUCUUGUCCCGUUUCUGGUGAUACUGUUGCCGUCGUACGUGCCGCUGCUCGUGAGCCACUGCGUCUUGACUGGCUUCUACUGCAAUAAGCGAAUUGGACACACUGUGACUGGCGAGCUAUCCUAUAGACGAGUGAUUUAUGAGUUUCCUGCGCCUGUCAGCAGAUGUCGUGAAGGUAUUUCUGUAACAAAAGCGACUUCAGUUUGGCGAGUAGUGGAGUGUGAAGGCUGUGUGAA